AUGGCUGUCGUUGCUGCUAAGAAGAAAUGGCGUCAGUGUUCUCAGAAAUAUUUGAAAUAUGGAUUCAUUACUUCAUUAACCAAUGACACCAUGCCAUUGUGUCACUUGUGUGAAAAGACUUUCAGUAAUGAUGCCAUGAAGCCUGCAAAGAUGAAGCACCACCUUGAAACGGUUCACUGUGAUAAGAAAAACAAAGACCUUGACUAUUUCAAGACACUGAAAGAAAAACUCAAAAGUCGAUCAAAUAUCAAGACUCUUUUCAAAGCACCCGUCAGUGGUGAUACUGAAGGAGGUUUAAGAGCUUCAUAUAACAUCUCCCUCAUGAAAGCAAAGAAAGGAAAGGUACACACUAUUGGUGAGGGUAUCAUAAUCCCAGCCAUUAAAGAAGUUAUAGAAAGUGUUAUGAAGAAAGAUUUUCACUCUGUUCUUAAAGAUUUGCCAUUGAGUAGAAUUAAGAAGAAUUGA